GAAACCUAACGUAAAUCUGUUGCGUACGGGGAUUCUCUUGUUAAGCAAUUGACCGAGGUUCGAGUUCCUGGAAGGAUAACGUUUAAAGUAGUUAGGGUUUUGGUGUCCGCGUGCGACGGAGAAACCAUAAAUUUUGCCUGCGAAUGGCGUUGAAAUCAAGGUGAGUGAAACCAACGGCCUUUAUGUGUGUUUUUGAGAAGCCCUGGUGGUUAAAAACUGAGGGAAAAAGGGUAGCCAACGCCCAUAGAUGUAAAGACUUAGGGUUUAUAUUGAUUUAGUUCGCGUUUUGGGUUUGGGGGCGUGGUUGUAUAAAUUAGUCAAAUUUGGCCAUAGACAGGAAGGAAGCAUUGGUAUGUAUCUGGAUUUUGGUCCCCGUCAAAUGGGUGCAAAAGUGUGGGAUUCUGAAGAGGAUCAGUUGGAUCGGAUCCCUGAUUCGUUGUUACUGUUGAUCUUCAACAAAUUGGAUGAUAUCAAGGCAUUGGGUAGAUGCUGUGCUGUUUCCAAGAGAUUUAGUUGUUUGGUUCCUCAGGUAGAGAAUGUUGUUGUUAAGGUGGAUUGUGUUAUUUCGGGGGAGGAGGGUAGCUUGAAUGGCAAAGGGAGAGGGAUUUUUAGCCAUCUUGUGAGAUUUGUGCUGGGAAGCAUUGUGAAGCCCUUGCAGGCGUUGCAACAGUUUCUUGGGCCGAAGAAGGCUAUUUUAGAGGAGGUUUCUCAUCAUUCUCCUGGGGAGGUAUUGAGAAAUUUUAAGGAAAUUAAGAAUUUGAGAAUUGAGUUGCCUGGUGGGGAAUUGGGUAUUGAAGAUGGGGUUUUGUUGAAGUGGAAGGCCGAGUUUGGGACUACGCUUGAGAGCUGUGUAAUCCUUGGGGCCUCUUCGAUUGUGAAAAAAGGUGUGAAGAGCGAGCAGAAGAGAAGUUGUGUGGAGAAUGGUGAUAAUUUGGAGAUUAUUGAUGGGGGUUCGGAGGAUGAUACCAAUGGAAAUGGUAAUAAUAUAAGUGGUAAUACCAAUGGUAGUAUACCAGAACCAUUCUAUACAAAUGGGGGUUUGAAGUUGAGAGUUGUAUGGACAAUUAGCUCGCUGAUUGCGGCUUCUGCCAGGCAUUUUUUGCUUCAGCAGAUUAUCUGUGAUCACCCUUGUCUUGAAAGCCUUGUUCUAACCGAUGCUGAUGGCCAGGGUACACUUUGUAUGGGCAGACAACAAUUAGAUGAGUUUAGGGAGAAGCCACUUGUGGCUUCAGCAUCUUCAAAUCGUACACAGGUGCCGGCUUUGAAUAUGAAACUCUGGUAUGCGCCACAUCUCGAGCUUCCCGGAGGCAUGAGGAUGGAGGGGGCUACGCUUGUUGCCAUCAGACCUAGUGAUCGGCCUAUGGUGAAGAAGGAUACUGAUGCUUUCAUUGCAGGGGCUUUUGAAGAGCCUUUCAGAUCAGCUGCAAAAGCUUUAGCAAAAGGGCGGACAUAUCUCUUGGAAAUGAAUUCCUUCUAGUAUUCAACUCCUAAGCCUUCUAUAACUUAACUUCAAAUUCUAGCACUCCAAAUGCCAGUGUAUAGUGUUUUACCGGCUAUGUAUAUUGUUCUUGUUUUUAUAUCAACAAAAAUGAGGCUUUUGAGUUUCCAGGCUCUCUUUAAGCAAUCCUCAAGGCAUCUAAUCUAUAAGAGGUUUAGUCAAUUGUGCAAGACUGACUGAUCUGACAUCGAGGCUGUGACUGACUUGGGCAACCUUGCAGGUUUGCUUUGAUUUCUUGUUUUCUUUGUAAGAGAAUUUAUUUCAACUGCUCUGUUUGUGACUGGUGCAUGCUGUUCAUUGAAAGCAUUGCAGCUUUUUAGGUUCACAUUCAUCAACCUGAUGAGGAUAUGCUGUAAAUGUCGAGUCUUCUUUCGAGUAAUGUAAAUUUAAAAUUAUAUCA